AUGUACGCCGCUCAGAAUAUAACGCCAACAGUUUUGGAUGCCAUGAACGGAAAUGUUUCCGAAUGGUAUAACGAAUGCGACAAUGCCAUUAGAAGGUCAGAAAUAGUUCCUGGAACUUACGAAUAUACAACUGCUGUUUCUUAUGGAAACGUAGGUGAGUUUGGAGAAGGUUCUUCAACAACAGUAGAUAUUGCUUGUGACAGGUUUCAUAUUAUUUCUAUUGACAACUCAUUCUUAUACGUGGAACAAGACAUUGAAAUAAAACCUUCUGCCAAGUUGUCUGACAAGAAAGGUUGCAAUGGAAUUUUCUAUGUCGGAUACCAAUAUGCUCCAGAAGUUUUCAUGGGAUAUAAGAUAUAUUCUAACUCUGACUUAGUUCAAACAGUAACAUGGGCAAACUAUGAAUGGUUCGCUUUGAGAAACUCAGUACAACCACAAGCUAGAGAACAAACAGACCAGUAUGCAAAUAUUGAGAAAAUAAGAAGACUUGACCCUAACGUUCCAGGAGUUUAUGUUAACCUUUCUGGUUCAGAUGGAAAUGCUGCCACUAAAGUAAAACUGAAACUUAGA